AUGAAGUUUGACGUUCAAAAAUAUUUUGAUGUCUCAACGAUUCAUGGAUUCUGCUAUGUUUCAAAAAGAUAUCAUAUUGUAGGGAGGAUCUUCUGGGCUAUCACUCUCACAUGUUCAGCAAUUUGUUCAUUAUUUCUCUUUUUUAUGUUUUUAAUAAAACUUGUCGACAUUCCCAUUGUUGUGUAUCUUUCGGACAAGUCUGUUCCGAUAUCUGAAGUAAGUUUUGAGGACAGUGAAAAGGCUUGUAACAGGCGUAGCAAGAGUGUCUGCAUUAGGUACACUCUUGCUAAGCCACUGAGGAUUAUCAACAGUCAUGUCUUUCAGGUGAACUUUCCAGCUAUAACAAUAUGUCCAGAUUUUUUGCCAUACCUAGCAAAUGAGUUUAAAACUAAGUUUUUUCACUACGAGAGGCACACGACUAAAAAAAUAUAUUACGAUGCUGUUGCAUAUUCAAAUGAGACAGUUGAUGAGAAGAAAAUUGGUGAAAGUUAUACAAAAAUUUUGGAUGGAAUUGAAAAAGGAGAAAUUGAUUAUCAGAAGUUGGGUUUGAAAAUCCUUAAACGCCUUCAAGUUGUAGAUAUUAUUACAAACCGUGGAGUAUUUGCCAAUUUAAACUUUUCAAUACCAAAUGAUGAUUUCCUCAAUAUCAUGAAUGAGUUUAAAAAAGAAUUUUUAGACAUGGAACAAACACUUAAUAUACUAUGGAUGGAAGAUGAGAGACAAUACGUGUCGGAAAUUUUAACGACGGAAGGACUGUGCUUUACAUUCAAUAAUGCUUUUGCUAAUGAUUUAUUGAAUCUAAAUAAUACAUCAAAUGACUUUCAUUAUCAGCUGUUUCAUCUCAGAAGUGACUCGAAAGAUUAUGUUCCACCGCCAAUACUUCCAAGAAAAAUUGCAUCCUCGUUUCCUGGACUUCGAUUAAAAUUUGAUGUCCUAGCUAUGUUCCUUAAAGAAAUUUAUGAAAAAAAUCCUCACGGUCUCUUGUGCUUUAUUCACGAUCCUUACGAAUUGCCAUCCAUGAAUUCUAAAAUUUUGAACGCAGAUUUUAGGCAAAGAACUCACAUUACUAUUAAUGCAGAGAUGAAUUCAAUUGAAGAUUCAGUUGAGAAAGAUUAUGGACCUGCUGAACGAAAGUGCUACCUUGACAAUGAGAAGAGAUUGAAAUUCUUCAAAAAAUACACAAAAGCAAAUUGCAUUCAAGAAUGCUUAACAGAUUUUAUUGUUAAUAGUUGUGGAUGUGCUGAAUUCUAUAUGAUUCGUAAUUCUACUACUCGAAUUUGUUCUGCAAGUGAGGAGAAAUGUUAUCUUAGUGCUAGAGAUGCAUUUUUGAAUUUCCAGAGCAAUUGUGACUGUUUAAGACCUUGCAACUUUGUAAAAUACCAUUUAGAGAUUAUUCACAAAGAUUUGCAAAAGUAUAAAUACUAUUCACGUCAGAAAACCUUAGAGUUAAGUAUGAAUUUCAAAAGAGACAGCACAAAUCAUUUUAUUCAUUCGCAGCUUUAUGAUGUGAUGGAUUUACUAUCACAUCUUGGAGGAUUUCUAGGAUUAAUUGCUGGAUUUUCAUUUCUGUCAUUUGUUGAACUGAUUUAUUGGUUUACAUUUCGAGCUGUUGUUAAAAAUUGUCAUCGAUCUACACGAGUCUAUCCAUUUAAUGAACAAUCUGAAAAUCAAAGAAACUUCAUUUCUUUCGAUCAAAUAACUAAAGACUUUUUGAAGAGCUCAUCAAUACAUGGACUGAGAUAUAUUGCUGAAAAGAAUCUAAUUGAUAAAAUCUUCUGGGCAACUUUUAUUAUUGGAUCUGCAAUUAUAGGCACAAUAUUGAUUUUAAAAACAAAUGAAAAGCUUCCAAAUAAUCAAGUAAUUUCAUAUGAUGAUAGUCUUGAGUUUAAAGGAAAUAUAAUUUUUCCGGCAAUCACCAUAAUUCCUGAAGUGGUCAUUAAACGAAACUAUGAUGAAAUAUUCAAGUUAUUUCGGUCGAAAGACACUGAAAAAUUAGAAAUGAUGAUGCAAAAUGAGACAUUUAAGAACGAUGUUAUAAGGACUUUCUCAAAAAUGUGUAUAUGCUUCGAAAAUUGCAUUCCAGCAAGUAAUUUUGAGGGUAAAAUGUUUUAUGAUUUUACUACAGAUGCAAUAAUGUUGAUGCAAGAUGAAGCAGCGACCGAUUGGUUUCAGGAGCAGUUUGCUGUAUUCAAUGAUUAUAUCAAACCAGUUUUUUCUAAAAUUAGAACUAGAUUUGCAAUGAGUUACACUUUUAAUAUUAUUGAUGAUGACAACCUGCUUAAUUUCAAAUCCAUCAAUAGUGAGUUCCGAUAUUUCCAAAACAUAACAACAAUGCAGCCAGAAAAUAUUCUUCAGACAGCUAGAAACAUAAGUAUCAGGAUAGGAAGCGAAGCGAUUUUAAGCAUGAGAUUUAAAAAAUUAAAAAUUGAUCAAUCUGAAGCGGUUUGUAAAGAAAUUGGAAUUUUAAUUCACGGGAUCGAUGAAAUGCCAACGUUUUUCAAACGUGAAGAUGUUAUAAAUAUUGCACCAGGUCAACUGGAUAUAAAAGUAACCCCGGAAAUUGUUAAGUCUGAUAAAGACAUACAAAAAGUUAAUUUUAAUAUCCGAAAAUGUUACUUUGAGGGUGAAAAGUCAUUAAAAUAUUUCAAUAAAUAUUCAGAAAAGAAUUGCAUUAUUGAGUGCUUAACGAAUUUUACACUUAAGAUGUGCAACUGCACCGAUCCAUCGCAGCCAUUUGAGAAGGAAAACUAUUGUCUUCAAAAUCAACAUGAUCGCAGUAAAUAUUGUCCAUCACGAGCACUUUUUAAGUUUCAUUCUGACGAGAAUUCAGAGGAAAACUGUGGAUGCAUACCAACAUGUGAUUCAAUCACUUAUCAUGUCAAAUAUUCUUAUAAACUUGCAAAAGAUGAAGAUGAAGUUGAAAUCAAUGUUCGACUCAAUUCUGAAGAUGCAAUUCUAUUCAGAAGAUAUCAGUUGUUUACAUUCUCGGAUGUUGUCUCUUAUGUUGGUGGAUUAUUAGGACUUUUGGCUGGAAUAUCAAUGCUCUCAAUCGUUGAGUUCUUCUAUUUCUUCGUAAUUCGUUUGCUUGUCAAUAUUCACAGAUUUUAGGAUAAUGACACGAUAAAGCAUAGAAUUAAAA